AUGGAAGGUCAUGAUGAUUUACUUGAGGAUAUCAUAUAUCCCUCAACAACAUAUGAAAAGUAUGAUGAUCUAAGGGAAUUACCUUUAUUUAAAAAUUAUGAAAAGUUAAACCAUGAAAAUUUAGGUGCUUAUGCCAAUAUGUGUUCAGAUUUAACGCAAGAUCACGAUGAAAACCACGAUUUAGUUGCACUUUGUCGAAAACUUAAAAGAAAUUUACAUGACAUUUCUAAUGGGAAAAAGUACACAGAUAUUAGUUAUGAUAAACGUUGUACAUAUUUAAAAUACUGGUUUUUCGAUAAUUUUUCGACGUUUCAUGAUUGGAAAGAUGUUUCUAAAAUAAGUGAUAAAUGGAAUGCUCUUACAGAAAAACAUUCUCAUAUUAACUGCAAUUUCGAUGCAAAUUACAACAAUAGCAAAUAUCUAAUUAUGGAUAUAAUUGUUGAUUUUUACGAAUAUUACCAUAAUAAAGACAUUAAGGAAGUUUCUGAUCAAAUGUCAGCAUAUAGAGCUUUUGUAUAUUACUUCCAAGAAAAUAAUAAUACAUAUAAACAUAUUGAAAAAUUUUGUCUCACUGAUACAUCAUCAGCUCUGUGUAAAAAAUUCCAGGAAUGCAAUGAACACUGUAGAACUUUUCUCGAUAGCUUGAUGCCUAAAGUUGAAGCGCACAUAGAAGCUGAAAAAAAAUCACUUCAGAUUUUUGAAGAAUUAAAGAAAAUUCCUAAAUUUAUAACCGAACAUCUUGGUAGCAAUGGGGGUUCCGCCGUUGAUGCUAUACUUGCCGUUUUGAUAGGAUUGUCCUUCAUGUUUUUAAUUUUAUAUAAGGUUAAUAAGGACUCUAUGUGGAAAUAUGAAUAUAUCACAAUUCUUACGCAUCAUUAA